UGGGGGGGGGAGAUGUGUGGUGCAGGUAUGGCUACAUUAAAAAAGUCACCUUCCCCUCCCACCUCACCCCCAGCUUUGCACUUGGCAUCUUGUGCUGUCCCUUUAAGAGGUGGGAGCUGUGUGAGAGGUAUCAGAGCUGCUGAGAUUUGCGUCAGGGCAGGCGGUGACGACUUUAGUGAGAGUUAGAUUUAUAAAACGGAACAGUACAGACAGAGAGAGAGAGUGAGUGAGUGAGUGUGUGAGAGAGAGAGAGAGGAAGAAUUGGGCUAUUGGGGGGGGGCGAUUUAAUCACUUGGCGCCCCCCGCGUCAGUUUCACUGAAAUUGACAAGACGCGGAAAAGUUUUGCCCAAACUUUUCCAAAACUUUUUAUUUUGUUAUUAUUUUUUCCUUAAAUGAUUUUGGUGAUCGCCAAAAGUUUAGAGCUAAACUUCCACGGUUUUUUUUUUAAGCCCUGCCUUGUGCGGGGAGGGGGAGUUUUAUUUUGGUUUUGAAUUUUGAAAAAGGAAAAAUCUCUCCCCCUCUCUCUCUCUCUCUCUCUCGGAGAAAGUGAUGCCUCCCCAGGAUUUACUGGACUAUCGAGUGGGAUUCGCACCCCCGGUUCCCCCGCACAAACCCAAACACAGCAGCCGGACUGCCUGCUCCCAGGAGCGGUUUCUCAAGUGUGUCUUGCUGGGAGAUGGAGCGGUCGGUAAGACGAGCCUGGUCGUUAGUUACACAACCAACGGCUAUCCAACAAAAUAUGUCCCCACUGCCUUUGACGAUUUCUCUGCCGUUGUUCAAGUCGACGGGACCCCUAUCAGACUGCAGCUCUGUGAUACCGCUGGCCAGGAUGAAUUUGACAAGCUUCGCCGCUUCUGCUACCACAAGGCCGAUGUCUUCCUGCUCUGCUUCAGCGUGGUCAGCCCCUCGUCCUUCCAGAACGUGACGGAGAAGUGGAUCCCUGAGAUCCGCCGGCACUGCCCCACGGCGCCCGUGGUCCUGGUGGGCACCCAGUGUGACCUGCGGGGGGACGUGAAGGUCCUGAUCGAGCUGGCCAGGUGCAAGGAGAAGCCGGUGCCCCAGGCCGUGGCCCGGGCACUGUCAGAGAAGGUUGGCGCCGUGGCCUAUGUGGAGUGCUCCUCGCUGACGCAGAAGAACCUGAAGGAGGUCUUCGACAUGGCCAUCGUGAGCGGGCUGCGCCACGCGGACACGCGGGCGAGCAGCGAGCACCGGGUGAAAGCAUUAACCGCCAAGAAAAUGAGGACCUUGUCGAAAUCCUGGUGGCGAAAGUACGUCUGCGUGGUAUGACAACUGUUCAACCCGUGGCUCUCAGUCAUUGGACUUUUCAGGAACGUGUUGGUGGAGGAGGAAUGGGAGAGUAGUGGCAUCUCGCUCUAUAUUUUUCAUCCUAAUGAUAAACCUGAUUUUGAUUUUUGUUGUUUCGGCAAAUUGCUAUCCCUUGCCAAGUUUGAAAGAGAAGACUUUUAUUGUGUGGGUGAGGGGGGGGAUGGAAAAUCUUCAGUAUCCCCCAGGUGGGCUUGACGGGCAAAGCAUUCUGAUCCUUCUUCCCGUUAUCACUUGGAAAUCGGGCUUGUCGCUGAGGGAUUGGAAGGGAAGGUUAGAUCCAGGGUGACGCCCACCACAGUGGAAUUGCCUACAGUGUGGGAACAGAACAUUCAGCCCGUUGGGGUCCGAACCGAUAAGCAUCCCACUCCAUCCCUGCACUGACCCUCCAGAGAUCAGACCCUUACUUCGUAAUCCCCACAUGGUCAGUCCACCCUAACCUGCACAUCUUUGGACCAUGCGAGGAGACCAGAGCACCCAGAGGAAACCCACACAGACACGGUGUAAACUCAACACAGACAGUCGCCCGAGGGUAGGACCGAACCCGGGUCCCUUGCUGCCUGUUUCCCCCACGCCUCGGUCCAUUGCAUUCCCCAACCUUUCUCCCCCAGUGUGACCUCCAUUUUUGAAGAACUACAAGAGUUGGGGGCUAGUUAGUUAGUUAGCGAGCUAGUUAAUGGAAUAGUUAUUGUAAAUUGGCCCAAACUGGACGGCAACGGUUAAUGCCUUGGAUUUUGCACCCUGAAUGUUUUAGUUCGCAACCCAACUCGGGGUCCCAACACCUCCGACAUUGAAAGCCCUUCCUUAAUCAGUGACUUUGAGAAGGAAUUUGGAGUGUGGUUGGCAGUGGGGGGGGGGGGGGGGGAGUGCAGUGUAACGUGGGAGAUUGGAUUGAGGAUCUUGGCAAAUAUCUAUCU